AUGGCAAACCCCAGCCCUGACCCGCCGGGGGCACGAGGGGCAGAGCCGCCCCCGCCGCCCCCGGGCAGCGACAUCGUUCAUCCCAUCAAGGUUGACGAGAGCGGAUCCUUCUUGUCCUACGACCUGACCCACCGAGCCCUUCACCGGAGGUCUCCUGCCUCCAGGAGCAAGUUCCCUGCCUUCUACGAGCUGCAUUACAAAGGACAACCCCUGAAAUUCAACCUGAGCCUCAACAGGAACCUCCUGGCCCCGGGCUUUGUCAGCGAGAGGCGGUUCGGGGGCAUCGCCGGCGCCAAGAUCCAGCCGCACACCUCCAACCCCUGCCACAUGAUCGGGGAGGUUCGGAGCCGGGCGGAGGGAGGGCUGGCUGCCCUCAGCACCUGCGAUGGCCUGAAAGGCGUGUUCCGGCUCCUCAACGAGGACUAUUUCAUCGAGCCGGUGGCCAGCAGCCCCCGGGAGGACGGGGCAGCUCAGCCCCACAGGAUAUACAAGCGCCAGGCCCCCAAGGACGGGGCAGAGCAGGGCAGGAGCCCCCCAGCCCCCCGGGAAACCUGUGGCGUGCCAGAAUCUCAGGAAAGCCUGGAGCGGUCUGAGAGGCGCAGGGAACGGUGGGAGCAGAGGCAGCACAGGAGGAGAAGAAUUAGGCAGCGCUCCAUCAGCAGGGAGAAGUGGGUGGAAACGCUGGUGGUGGCAGACACCAAGAUGGUGGAGUUCCAUGGCAGUGAGAACAUCGAGAAGUACGUGCUGACCGUGAUGAACAUGGUGGCAGGGCUGUUCCACCACGCCAGCAUCGGGAACCCCAUCAACAUCGCCAUAGUGCGGCUCAUCCUGCUGGAGCACGAGGAGGAGGACCUGAAGAUCUCCCACCAUGCAGACAACACCUUGAAAAGCUUUUGCAAGUGGCAGAAGAGCAUCAAUGUGAAAGGAGAUUCCCAUCCCCUGCACCACGACGUCGCCGUCCUGCUCACCAGGAAGGACAUCUGUGCUGCCAUGAACAGGCCCUGUGAGACGCUGGGGCUGUCCCACGUGGCGGGGAUGUGCCAACCCCACCGGAGCUGCAACAUCAACGAGGACACGGGGCUGCCCCUGGCCUUCACCGUGGCCCACGAGCUCGGACACAGUUUUGGGAUUCAGCAUGAUGGAAGCAGCAAUGACUGUGAGCCAGUUGGGAAAAGACCUUUCAUCAUGUCUCCACAGCUCCUGUAUGACACGUCCCCACUCACCUGGUCCCGCUGCAGCCGCGAGUACAUCACACGGUUCCUCGACCGGGGCUGGGGGCUGUGCCUGGAUGACCCCCCAGCCCGGGAGGUGCUGGACUUCCCCCUGGUGCCCCCGGGGGUCCUGUACGACGUGGGCCACCAGUGCCGGCUGCAGUACGGCCCCUACUCCACCUUCUGCGACGACAUGGAUAGCGUCUGCAACACGCUGUGGUGCACGGUGGGGAACACGUGUCAUUCCAAGCUGGAUGCGGCUGUGGAUGGCACAGCCUGUGGGGACAACAAGUGGUGCUUCAACGGGGAGUGUGUUCCUGUGGGUCACCGGCCCGAGCCCAUCGACGGUGGUUGGAGCUCCUGGAGCUCCUGGGCUGCCUGUUCCCGGAGCUGCGGGGCCGGAGUGCAGAGUGCUGAGAGGCACUGCAGCACCCCCACGCCGAAGUACGGGGGCCGUUACUGCCUGGGGGAGCGGAAGCGGUUCCGGAUUUGCAACGUCAGGCUGUGCCCCCCGGACAAGCCCUCCUUCCGCCAGGUCCAGUGCAGCCAGUUCAACCCCAUGCUCUACAAAGGGAAGCUCUACAAGUGGACACCAGUGCCCAACAACAUUAACCCCUGCGAGCUGCACUGCCGGCCGGAGCACGAGUACUUUGCGGAGAAGCUGCGGGACGCGGUGGUGGACGGGACGCCGUGCUACGAGCGGGACGCCAGCCGGGACAUGUGCAUCAACGGCAUCUGCAAGAACGUGGGCUGUGACUACGAGAUCGACUCGCAUGCGGUGGAGGAUCGGUGUGGGGUCUGCCACGGGGACGGCUCCACCUGCCACACCGUCCACAAGACCUUCGAGGACAGCGAGGGGCUGGGCUACGUUGAUAUUGGGAUUAUCCCUGUGGGAGCCCGGGAGAUCCGGAUUGAAGAAGUCGCAGAAGCCGGGAAUUUCCUGGCGCUGCGGAGCGAGGACCCGGAGAAGUAUUUCCUGAAUGGUGGCUGGACCAUCCAGUGGAACGGGGACUACAGGGUGGCAGGGACCACCUUCACCUACAAGAGGACGGGGAACUGGGAGAAUCUCACCUCUCCAGGGCCCACCGUGGAGCCCGUGUGGAUCCAGCUGCUGUUCCAGGAGAGGGUGCAGCGGCAGGUGGUGCACUGUGUGGAGAAGCUGGCUGGCAUCGUGGAGGAGCGGUUCUGCGACGCACUCACCCGCCCCGACGACCAGCAGCGCCCCUGCAGCGAGGAGCCCUGCCCGGCCAGGUGGUGGGUCGGGGAGUGGCAGCAGUGCUCGGCCUCGUGUGGCAGCUCGGGGCUGAUGAAGAGGACAGUGCUGUGCAUCCAGAGCGUGGGGCUGGACGAGCAGAGGGCCCUGCAGCCUGCAGCCUGCCAGCACCUCCCCAAGCCCGAUGCCACCGCGCCCUGUCACCGGGACGUGCCCUGUCCCUCCCAGUGGGCUGUGGGGAACUGGUCCGAGGUGAGAGGAGCGCCGGGGAGGUCCCAGUGUCUGGCAGAGCUGGUGGGAGCUGGGGACAAGGUGCCCCCAGACACCCUCAGCGAUGGGACACUCCCUGCUUCCCGGCCGCCCGUGCCAGCGGACACGCGACACAUGCCCAACACGGACACUGCCAACACGGACUGGUCUGGCAGCGGCUCCUCCAGCAGGGAGAUAUUCAAUGAGAUCCAUCACGUCCCCAGCAACCACAUUGCGAAAUUUAACCCCCUCAUCCCAAACAUUCCCGAGUCCAACGACGUCAAUGUCAUCCCUGAGGAGGACUUCCCAGCCGCGAAGGGAAACGUCUUUGUCGAUGAUUUUUACUAUGAUUAUAAUUUUAUCAACUUCCACGAGGAUCUGUCUUACUAUCCCUUCACGGAGAAGGAGACUAAAGGUGAGGAGGCAAAGCCAGAGCUGAGCAACAACGACGUGGAGGGGCCCUGGGAGAUGCCCACUGAUGUCCUGCUCACCACCGAGCUGGGAGGAGAGAGAGAGCACCAUCUGGGCACCAAAGCCUCUGCUCCUGUGGAUGAGGGAGAGAUGGAGCCUGGGGAUUUAGCCAGGAAUGACUUCCUGAGCGUGGUCCCGGAGGAUGCAGGAUCAGCCACUCCCAAAUACACCAUCCCUGGGUUCCUGGGUGAGGAGGAGGGCCCAGUGCCGGUGCCCCGUUCCGAGGACCACCCACCCACCCAGCGCACCACGAGUCACAGCUCUGCCAACAGCCACGGCCACCCGGGCCCGGAUGAGCCCCACGGAGCUGUGCUGACAAGGACAGGUCACCCCGGCAGGGAGGGGCACGACAGGGCCGGGUCUGCAGGGACAGGCCUCGAGGACUCCAGGGAAAUGGGUCUUGUCCUCCCUGGUGACACUACCGGUGACACCACGGAGCAGGACAGGGGGGCGGAAGUGCCGGGAUGGGUGGUGGGCACAGAGGCAGUGCCAUCAGAUGGUAAUGAUGAGCAUCCCCGUGGGACAGAGAGAGCAGAUCUUUCCUUCCCCACCCUGCAGGGACCAGGUGCUGUUGGGGGUCCCACAGGGCAGGCAGGGCACCAGCCAGAGCUCCACAGCCCCACAUCCCUGAGCUCAGCCCCCUGGGUGGUCACUACAGCCCUUCCCACAGCAGUGUUCUUGUCCUCCACUGUGCCCGGACCAGCCACCCAGCUCAGCUCCAGCAGCCUCACCCAGCAGGAUUGCUCGGCUCCCUGCGGAGGGGGCAUCCAGAGGCGCCAGGUCAAGUGCAUCAACACCAAGACAGGGGUGGCCGAGGAGGACAGCAGCCUGUGUGACCACGAGCCCUGGCCCGAGAGCACCCAGAAGUGCAACCCCCAGGACUGUGACAGCUCAGAGCCAGGUGUCCCCUGCGAGCGCGACCGCCUGACCUUCGGCUUCUGCCAGACCCUGCGGCUGCUGGGCCGGUGCCCCCUGCCCACGGUGCAUCUGCAGUGCUGCCGGAGCUGCCGCCGGCCCGGCCGGGACCGCGGGGACGAGCGGCUGCGCCCGGAGUGA